GUUGCAUCAGCGAGUGCAAUGUUCUUCUAUUUUCGGUUAUUUCGCAGCGGCAAAUACCGUUUCGACAACGAGUGAUUUUUAGCCCAGAAAAUGGCCGAGUCGGAGCAAAGGAACAAAGAGAAUUGUAUUGCGGGAUCGAAGGAAACGAUGGUGAAGCAAGAAAAGCGUGAAAACACGUUGACGAAUGGCGGGAAGGGAUCUGGCGAUGACGCGGACAGUCUCGAGGAAUUGCCUCUCGAUAUAGGCGAACACUAUCUCGUUCGCAGAUCUGACGAGUCGUGGCAUCCAGCAGAGAUUAUUCAGACAAGAUACAAUGAAAGUGAAAGCCACUAUGAGUAUUAUGUGCAUUAUGAAGGGCAUAACAGAAGAUUGGAUGAAUGGGUGCCAAGGGAUAGAAUCAUGUCCAGUAGAUUUGACAUGAGUGAUAGGAGUUGGAAGAGUGGAGACAGAAGUUCUGGUACUGAUUUAUUGGCAGAUUCUUCAGACCGUAAAAUUACAAGAAACCAAAAAAGAAGACAUGAUGAAAUUAAUCACAUUCAAAAGACAUAUGCAGAAAUGGAUCCUACAACUGCUGCUUUAGAAAAAGAACAUGAAGCAAUAACAAAAGUCAAAUAUAUUGAUAAAAUUCAAAUUGGAAAGUAUGAAAUUGAUACUUGGUAUUUUAGUCCAUAUCCAGAAGAAUAUGGUAAACAGCCUAAAUUGUGGAUUUGUGAAUAUUGUUUGAAGUACAUGCGUCUUGAAAAAACAUAUAGAUAUCACAUGAGUGAAUGUACUCACAGACAGCCAGUCGGUAAAGAAAUAUAUCGCAAAGGCACGUUAAGCAUUUGGGAAGUAGAUGGCAGAGAGCAUAAAAUUUAUUGUCAAAACUUAUGCUUACUCGCAAAAUUAUUCUUGGAUCAUAAAACCCUCUACUUCGAUGUCGAACCAUUCCUUUUUUAUAUUCUUUGUGAAGUUGAUAAACAUGGAGCUCAUUUAGUUGGUUAUUUUUCGAAGGAAAAGGAGUCACCUGAUGGUAACAAUGUUGCCUGCAUACUAACUUUACCUCCGUUUCAAAGGCAAGGAUAUGGAAAACUUCUAAUCGCCUUCAGCUAUGAAUUGAGCAGAAUAGAACAAACCGUUGGAAGUCCCGAAAAACCAUUGAGUGACUUAGGGAAAUUAUCAUACAGAAGUUAUUGGAGCUGGAUUCUCUUAGAAAUUCUGAGGGAUUUCCGGGGCACUCUUAGUAUAAAAGAUCUAAGCCAGAUGACAAGUAUCUCACAAACAGACAUUAUAUCGACAUUGCAGAGCAUGAAUAUGGUGAAAUAUUGGAAGGGACAACACGUGAUCUGUGUGACACCAAAAUUAGUCGAGGAACACAUCAAAAGUAGCCAGUACAAGAGACCUCGUUUAACGGUAGAUAGUAGUGCGCUUAGAUGGGGAGCUCCACCUCGAAAAAAUGUGAAACCUGGCAAGAAGUAGCGGAAAACGAAUGGGAAUUCGAUGGUUUUUGUCACCGUGAUAUUCACGAUUUAACGCGUUUAGCAAACACUUGACAAAGCAGCUGUACACUGAUAGUUCGCAACGAUGUUUUCGAGUUUGUUAAACAACCUUUCUACGAUGCAUUAGUAUCCUACAAUAUGCAUUGCAACCGUGCAAGGUCUCGUAUUUGUUCGAAAGAUAACACACGAGUAAAUAUGAGUUGAUUUUAUAGCUUCGUUAAUCUUUCGGAGCGGCAGAGAUGACGCAAAGCGUUUCACAUUAUCUCUUUACAUAUAAAGAUCUGCGUUUUUCGGCAGUACACUAAACAGAAAAGAGAAACGAGAAAUAUCAUGUAUUUAUUGACAAUGAAAGAAUCACUAUACUUUCGUUCGAAACUCAU